AUGUCUUCUCAUCACUCGCCGUAUGAUAAUAUCGAGACAGCAUCUCACUCCACCCUAGGUCAUUCAGAACCGCAAGGCCAGAAACGGAAACACUCGACUUCACAACCUGGACGCGAAUAUGGAUUGAUGCGCGACACAGGUGAGCACGAUGCCGCUCGAUUCGUAGGAAGUGGAAGUGGAAUCCACUAUAUUCGUGCUGUUCAUCUCCGUCUUGCCAAGAGAUCUGCAUCAAGAACUACAGAACCUGGACCUUCGACUAUCAACACGCUUAUUCCCGGUGAAGACGACCAACUUCGUCAAGAUGCUUCAAUAAGACGAAAUCGAGAGCAGUUUCUUUGGAAAGAUGAUGAAGUCUGUGAAAAUUCCAUGGCCGCAGAAGAGACCUUUGAAGACUUUGUCGAGUGGUCCAAGAGUUAUUUCGAGGCAUGGCAUCCUGUUCUUCCGUUCCUUCACGGCCCCCACGUCCUAGGGUUGUUUGAAGAGGUUGCUAAGAACGGAACGCUAUUGCUUAACCCUAUCGAUAUGGUCAUCUUGAAGUCUGUUCUUUCUAUAUCGUUGGCGGAUAGUCGACAGGCCACUCCCCUCAAGAAGCCGAUCCCAAAAGUAUAUCUCUUCAACAGUGUUGACGAUGCGUUAGCAAGCUCUCAGUUUGCUUUGAGCCAGCCGGCGUCAAUCCGCUCAACUCAGGCAGCUUUGGCUAUCCAGUUAUUCCUGACUUCGAUGCUUUGUCUCAACGCCGCAUCGAGAUUAGGUGGACUGAUUGUUAGGACUGCAUUUCAUAUGGGCCUUCAUCGAUGUCCAGCGCGAUAUCCCUUCUUCACAGAUAAGGAGGUUUCAGUUCGACGCAGGGUUUUCUGGUGUAUCUACACCCUCGAAAGGCUUCUCUGUCAGUCUCUUGGGCUACCUCUCGAUAUACGGGAUGACGACCUGGAUGUCUGUUAUCCUGGCGAUGAGCGCCAUACGAUAACUAACAGGGAAGAGAAUCCGGAACGAUUACAGCUCCUGACGUUCGUCGCAAAGCAUGCUCGAAUACGCGGGCUCAUUCUUGAGCUCAGGAACAAGUCUAUGCUACAACGACAGGAUACUGCAGAUCGAGCAGCGUUCGUCCAAGCUGAACUGGCUAAAUGGUUCAAUGAAAUCCAGGACGCAGUAGAAGAGGACGAUCUGGCUGAUACAAGCUCAACUACUCCAGCAAUAUCUGAACAUCACAAGGUUAUGCUUUUGGUGCUGAAACAUGAGUCGGCAAUAUGCUUGAACAGACCUGGCCUCGCCUCCGAACAUCCUUCGUCCUCAUACUCAUCCGCCUUUCAGGCAUGCAUAUCAGCUGCCAAGUCUAUCUUGAUAAUCCUCAAGAAACACCGAAACCGCCACCAGUUAUCUGUAGACUCAACUAGUACAAAGUCUCAAACACCGUUGCUGUGGCCUUCCUUCACGUGGUCUAUAUGGAUCAGUGCAUUUGUUCUUAUCCAUGCUGCCUUUGAAAAGCAGGUUCAUCUGGGUAGUGCAAUGAGGUGUUUCAUUUUCUUCUCCAGUCUUUUAUUGUUCGCUGACUCGUUUAGGCAUGUUGCUGCGGCCAAGGAUAUACUUGGACAUCUGGCUGCACGGGAUACAUCGUGGCCUGAAUACUGUCUCGGGGCCAUAGACGAGUUGACUUCCACCGUUCAGGAACUCUCUCAGGAGCGUCCAACAAUGAUUGAAUCUCCGGUAGAUGCCAUCAUCACAACACGCAGUUUCUCACCUAGUGUUGGAAGUCAAGUACGGAGUGCUGAAAACACGACCCCCACAAGACUUCCAAGAACACAACAUGCCCAAUCUCAAAGCGCUGAGACAAGAGACAGCCCAAACUCUAUCCCCCAAAACAUCUCCUCCAAUGCCCAAGCAUUCCAAGGACUAUCCUCCACUCAACCCUUGAGACCGCAACAGAAUAAACGGCCACGGACGACGUAUCAUUCUACUGGUAUCUUAUCUCAAGAUAUACCUUACUCACAGCCCCAAAAUCCCCAGGCGCCAUAUUCCAACGACUUUCUAUCUACACCAAACACAUCACUAAACACAGAAGGACCACCGGGUAUGAACUUGGACAACAUACCGCUAGAAGGUCAUGAAUCAAUGAUGUGGUACGAUCAGCUCUUUGCGAGUUCGUUCAGCGCUAUCGACAAUCCCUUUCUUGUAAAUGCAGAGUUUGACGCUUCUGUCGAUCCAACUUGGAAUUAUUUACGAUAG